AUGCUUGACGCGCAGCUCCCGAUGAUUCCGCCCCAAUCGCAAACAGCUUACAUGCCGCCGUCUUACGCGCAUGACGUUAAACCCCCCGUCUCGCCCAACUCGCCUCAGCAUGCUCCGCAAGCGCAACACUUUUCCCCAGUUUCGCCAAUACCACAACCAGAACCUGUUCAUCAGAUACCACAGGUUGAGACACAGCAGAGCAGGCACGCUCGGCAGAUGAGCAACCUGUCACCCAUCAACACGAACAUCCGGACGUAUGCCAUGCCGCCCAUCCCUCCUACGCCCCCGUCGGGCACACAUCAAACCUCGCCGCUACCGCACAAGACACCAAUGACGCCCAUCUCCGCCAACUCGAUGCACAAAGAGCAGCCACGAGACAAUCCAACCUCCCCCACGCUCCGAACCUCGCCGUAUCCGAACGAGCCCUAUUCACCACAUGGUUUCUCGAACCAGAACAGCAACUUCCACGCCGUAUUCUCCCCAGACGCCGCACACGGCCCCAACGGCCUAGAUUUUGCUGCACACCAGCCAGGCCAGAUAUCGCACCCAAACAUGGAGCUAGAGAAAUCACACGAAUGGUCAAACGGCAUCUGCGCAUGCAGCCCCGACCCUUCAACCUGCCUGACAGGCCUUUUCUGCCCUUGCGUCCUUUACGGCCGCACUUCGUACCGCUUGUCCCAGAAAUCCGCGAAGAAAGAUCCCACGGAUAUGCUUGGUCACAGCUCCACGAACGGACACUGCAUGGUCAUGGGUCUCUCGUGUGGACUGUGGUGGCUUUUCCCUAUGCUGCAGCGGACACGUAUUCGGCGCGCGUAUAAACUAGAAGGCAGUUUUGGGAGCGAUCUGCUCAAGGGAUGCUGCUGCUGUUGCUGUGUUACUGUGCAGAACGAGAGGGAGGUCAAGCAUAGAGAGGAGGUUAGUAGACGGUGGGCUGGGCCGGCGAGCACAGACGCUUAUACGAGGACGGGAGGUAUGGUGUACAAGCCGCAGCAGUAG